AUGGAAACCCAGCAAGUUUUGCAGCAACUAGAGCAAAACCUGUUUCUACCGUCUGGGCUCUUAUCGUGCGAAAAAUCCAUUAACCAGUCACGAUAUAAGUGUACAUUAACAUAUGGAAUCAUUCCAGACCCCUCAGUGCUCAAUUGUGGGUGCAUUCUCUCCGAAAAGCUAUUCCAAGAAUUAGAGAAGCUCUUGGAGGGCGAUGAGUUGUUCUGCCCGCUAUGUCACAGCUGUCCCGUCACAAUGGUGGGUCCAGUGAGGCCGCUGCGAACACUUUAUGAACAAUUACAGUUUUUUAAACACGAUGACGAGGAAGCCCAGCGGGGAUUGUUCGAUGCCUCCAAUAGAAAAUUGAGCCAAGAAGCAAGUUCGAAACUGCAGCGAUCAUCAAAUCCUGAUGUAGAUGACGAGGAUCACGAUAAAGGCCAUCCCGGAAUGCCAAAACAAUCGCUGAUUUCACUUUUCCAUUCCGUAGCGUCGAGUUUUGAUGACGCCAAGGAGGAAGAAAUUAUCGAGGUACAUUCGCUAGACAACGCUUCCAAUACAAAAACCGUCCCGAUUCAAGACACAGGGUCGGUCCCAGUGUCGCUGGCGACCACAGAGUCUCUCUCCUCGGUUCAGAUCUCAGAUCUGGACGAGGAAAAGGAGUUUUAUUUUGCCAAGUGUUUCCCCCUGUACAGAAAGAGGUCUCAGUUCAAUACCCAUAAUAAGUUUCUGAGAACAAAGAGCAGGCAAUUUGUCAACACAGCAAUAAGUCCGGACUGCUCCAAAUUUGCCCUCAUUACCGAACAUAAAUGGGAGGUAUAUGGGAUACCGCAUCAACUAAAAAAAGAUGGGAAGCAGUCAAAAAGCGAGCGCGAACUCAAAUCAAGAGUGAGUCGCAAAUCACAAGUCAAGAAUGAUCGGUCAAGUCAAGGCGAGGGCGUUUCAUUGCUCUUCUGCGGCAAGUCCUCAGGCGAAUACGGCGACACAUUCGAAACUUUGAAAUUGCCCGUGAACUUGAAAUCUCUUUACACUCCCAAACAGUUGCAAGAAAUGCCCACACCUCCCACAAAGCCGCCAGCGGACAGUUGGGAGCAUUUGUAUUGCCAGAUGUCUGAAGAUCUUUUAAUCAUUUCUGGAACUAAAGGAAGGUUUAGGGUGUUUGACUUGAAUUGUGGAGGCAGGCCUAUUUAUACUUAUGGUUCCACGUUCCCCAUAAGAUGCAUUGAUUUGGAUAUUAAAAGUUCACUCAUUGCAUGCGGAAUAACGGGCAAUGACAGAACUACAGGGGCUGAACAAGCGCUGAUAUUAUUUCAUCAGAUAAUUAAAGAACCCUCAGCAUCGACAAAAGGUUGCAGUCUGGACACAGUCUACAAAUUUUUGUCACCAAUCACAACUACGCUUCCCUAUCGAGAUCCCGUCAACAAUUUACAGUUCUCACCAGACACUAAUUACAUUUCAUGCUCCACAGCACUAGAAUCACGAUUUCUAGUCAUAUCUCUGCGCAAAAUUCAUGAGCCACGAUUGGUAAUGAAAUCUUUACGUUCUAUCGACACUUCCCUCGAAUCUGAAGGAAUAACAGAUACAAAAAUGUUUCCCGGUAACUCGAAUCUCAUGUGCGUAACAUCAGUUGCUUUUAAUGCCCCUCCUAUAGUAAUAAACACGCGCAUACAAAGCAUCAGUGUUGCACAAAGUGUUGCACAACCAACCAUGCUACUCCGUCUUGACGAACUGGGUUCAAAAAUUCACAAGUGUGAAAUCUCUCCAAGAAAUGACUCGAUUGCAUUUCUUGACCGCAAUGGAAACGUCUCCAUCAUGUAUGCCCCAACUCUUUUCGAUAACGAAAAGAGACGCAUUGUUUUAGUAGACGUCGUGGCGAAUGCAUCGCGUGUGAGAGACGCCGCUUCUCUUAAAUUCAGCGCGGAUGGCCACAAGCUCUUUAUUUUGGACCGAAAAGGUACGUUAUACAUUGAGGACUUUGCAAGCGGAUUGCCUCAGGAUCAGGACGUCACGAAAUGCAAACAGAUCAACUGA